AUGAACACGAACUAUCCAUCGAUCGUAUCUCUUGAUCAUGAAUCCAAUCCUCGCCUAUAUGAUACAUCUUAUAAUAGUUAUUCUCCAUAUACUGAAUUUACGCCACCAACAGUCACAUCAAAAUUAGAAGCAUUUGAUUACAACUAUUGGCCAGGAACACCGACAACUCAUAACAUUUUAGCAAUCCCACCGCCUUUAACAACAAAUGCAACUAUUGAUCAAAUGCAUCCGUCACCGUCAACAAGUCAAACUCUUGAAACACUUGCACCACAUGGAUCAUCUUCUGUAUAUUUAUCACAAAUAAAUUCAACGGCAACUAUUUCAGCUACGCACCAUCAUCAUCAUAUUCAUCAACAUCUUCAUCCUGCAGCAUCAUCAUCGAAUGAUUCAUCAAAUUGGCUUCCACCAACUGAAUAUCAAACACCGGAUACCUACCGUCAUUACACUUAUGCAAAUAAUAGUUUCUAUGAUCAAUCACAAUGGACAACACCAACACCGUCGCUUCCAUCGAUUAAAUUUGAAUCUCCGUACAGUCCGCAAUCUUAUUUUGAAUCAUCAAAUAAUCUUGAUCAACCGUUGUCUGACAGUAAAGCCGAAGAAGAACCAUCGAGUUCUUCAUAUUUAAAAUGUCAAGAACAACAAAAUUGGUUUAAAUCUCAAUUAACUCCGACGCCACCAAAAAAUCCAGCCAACGGAAAAACUCGUACACGUGAUAAAUACCGUAUUGUUUAUACUGAUCGUCAACGGUAUGAACUUGAAAAUGAAUUUAGUGUAUCAAAAUAUAUUUCAAUACCACGCAAAGCAGCUCUCUCAUCGGCAUUAGCAUUAAGUGAACGACAAAUCAAAAUUUGGUUUCAAAAUCGUCGUGCUAAAGAACGUAAAUUACAUAAGAAACGACAAAAUAUCUGUUCGAGACAAUUAAAUAAUUCGACUGACGCUGAUUCGACAAGUGAUGCUGGCGUUGAAAGUCCAACGUAUUAUCAGACUUAUGCGUGA